UGUUAAACGCGACUAGAGAGAGAACCAAAAACCCAGGGUUUUGUUUCUUCUGGGUUUGAAUCUCUCUCUCCCUCGAAGUCUCACACUCCUCGCAGAUCAAAAAUUCUCGGAGCCAAAACAGAGAGACCGGAGAUCUCCUCGGAGCUGUAAAAAUGGUGACGUCGGCGGUGGUCAACACCUAUCCACUGUCCAGCUACACCUUCGGGACCAAAGAGCCCAAGAUGGAGAAGGACACCUCCGUCGCCGAUCGCCUCGCUCGCAUGAAAGUCAACUAUAUGAAAGAGGGGAUGAGGACAAGCGUCGAAGCUAUUUUACUGGUACAGGAACAUAAUCAUCCCCACAUACUGCUUCUGCAGAUUGGAAACACGUUCUGCAAACUUCCUGGUGGACGACUGAAGCCUGGGGAGAAUGAGAUUGAGGGGCUGAAAAGAAAGCUCACCAGCAAACUUGGUGCUAAUUCAGCAAACCUUGUCCCUGAUUGGCAGAUAGGAGAAUGCGUCGCUAUCUGGUGGAGGCCAAACUUUGAAACCAUAAUGUAUCCAUAUUGCCCUCCUCACAUAACAAAACCAAAGGAGUGCAAGAAGCUUUUCCUUGUUCACUUAUCUGAGAGGGAGUACUUUGCUGUGCCAAAGAACCUAAAACUCCUUGCUGUUCCGUUGUUUGAACUCUAUGACAAUGUUCAGAGAUAUGGGCCUGUUAUAUCUACAAUUCCUCAGCAGCUUUCCAGAUUCCAAUUCAACAUGAUCAGUUCAUGAGUGGAGGAUGGAACUUUGAAGUUACUGGGAUAGAACUCUCCAAUAUAAUGAUGAUCAUAUCUUAAUAUCAUUGCAUGGACUGAUAGAGCUGAAGAUCUGGACAUUAUUUCGUUGCUUAACUUGAGUUGGUUAGUUUUGGAUACAGCUAUCCAGAUGGCUGAAGUAUAACUUGUGAUAUGGUCAAUCUAUCUAUAUUGGUCACUAUUAUUUGCUGAUGGGUUUGCAUUACUCUUGAAAUUUUAUUUGACCUAUGUUUGUAUUGUGUGUUGUGCAAGUUCUUAUAGUUUUAGUCUUAACAGUAAAGAUACUUUUGUUUCUUCCCCGCAAGGAAAGAUGUUAAUUUCUGUUAGAACCGGGGAGUGAUACAAUUAGUUGUAUUAGUGAUGAUUCAAGAUUAUUUUGGUUAAGAUUUCGUAGCAGAACUUAUUGUGCUUCACUGUAUUGUAAUGACGGGUAGGACCGUAGGACAAGGAUGUAUGUAGGGUGUACGUGGCAGCUUGUAACAUUUUGUAUCUUGCAUUUCACAGCUUUCUCAUCAAUUUCAUUUUGAGAAACCUCGUGACAUGUAUUGAUCUUUGUAGAAUUCGCCUUUGAUCAAUGAAAUUCUUUCUAG